CUUAUUAAAUAGAUAUGAUGAGCUGAAAUAGUUAUAACAACCUACUGAAAACUGAAUGAGUGAUACAAGUGGCCGGCCCAGUGGGGCCAAGGGAGCAGCAGAGGAAGGCGAUGCCGCCUCCACCAAAGCCUUGAGUGCUAAGGAGUUGAAGAAACUACGCAGGUUGGAGAAAGUCAAAGAAAAGGAACAUGAGAAUGCUUUGUCAAGUAAGAAAGACCCUAAAGCAAACGAUUCUAUCGACAAUAAAGGAGAACAACCGGAAAAAGUAGCGGAAAAAGGAGGGCACAAGUUGAGAUCAGGCGAAGAGGAUUCUUCUGAAAGGACUGAUCCGACUGAUGUGCCAGUUGCAGUAACCACUGGAGUCAAGCAGUCCCAGAUGACUAAGGCCGAAAGACGAGCUAUGCAAGAGGCCCAAAGACAAGCCAAAGCAGCUAAAAACUCCAGCGCGACAUCAAAUAGUGACGGAAGCACAGCUGCUAAUUUGAGUGCGCUCACAAGCUCAAAAACAGUCCAGCUGCCUGAAAAGACCGAAGAAGACAAAUUAAAGACUCCUCAAGACAGAACAAUUGAGAGUUCUCAAGGUCAAGUUUCAUUCUUUCUUCAUCUGCCCCAACCUGUGAAACCUUCGACCAUAACCAGUGGAAUGAAGUUUGAUGAUCAUAACCUGCAUCCAGCAUUUGUCCGACUUGGAGUCAGAUCUGCUCAUGUAGAAGCAUUCCGGCGAAAUGACGACGAGCAUUGUGUUACUUUCUUACAAGCUGUUCUCCAAUUGAUAGAUAGUCUGCGUAGCUUAGACCCUGAGAAACCUUUCUCACGUGAGUUUGAGAAACAACUGAAAUUAAAUACAAGUUUUCUUGCUUCUUGCAGAGCUCUUCCUGUGAGUACUAAAAAUGCAGUACGAUUCCUGAAAUCUCGGAUUUCAAAUUUAGCGGUUGACGAAGAAAAUGAAUCGAGUGCAUCAAAAGUAGCCAAAGCGGUGGGCGAAUAUUUGGGCAACAAGGUGCAACUCAGCAGAGAUGCUAUUCUUGCAGAGGAAAAUUGGGCUUCGUUUAUCAAAAACGGAGACCAUCUUCUAACAUUCGCACACUCGUCAACAGCAUUGCGGCUCCUGGACACUGCAUCUAAGUCAAGGAACUUUUCUGUAACUAUUAUUGACAGUUCGCCUUCUUUUCCCGGAAGGCGAACCCUGGCCCAAUUGGAACAUCUGGGUAUACAAUGUAACUAUGGAUUGGUUACUUCAAUUGGUUACUGGAUGCCACGAGUAACUAAAGUGUUAAUUGGGGCUCAUGCGUUGCUAGGCAACGGGGCUGUGAUGGCCAGUGCUGGAUCGGGUUUGGUGAUGUUGUCUGCGAAGGCAUUCAACAAACCUGUGAUUGUCUGUUGUGAGACAUUCAAGUUUAGCGAGAAGAUUCAAACGGACUCAAUAGUGUCAAAUGAGUUGUUGCAACUGGAACCUCUGAUUCUCAACCCAGAAAUUGAUCGGGGUAUUCGCAACAGCAGUCAUCUGGAGUCUCUCUUCCCCGGAUGUGAGCCAGAAUCAGUUGCACCCAAAGAGUCUUCUCCGUUUCUGAGUGUCCUGAACUGUGCUCUGGAUGUGACGCCUCCCUCUUUAGUCGCUGUGGUUGUAAGUGAGGUGGGUUCCAUGCCCAGUCUCUCGGUUCCUGUCAUUUACAGAUGGAAGUGCAAAGACUUGCAAGACUAUUUAUGAUAGUGAAUGCAACUUUGUAAAAUGAAGUUAAUUAAUUUUUGAUCGUCCUCG